AUGAUUCUGUCUGUGUUUGAGAGCUCCCCCGGGGCGAAACCCAAACGUUCCAUCGUGUUGCUAGGCAACGCCGGCAUGGGCAAAAGCACGCUCAUCAAGAAGCUCUGCGUUGAUUGGUCCGACGGCCUCCUGCCUCAGUUUGACUUUGUGUUCCUACUGGACGGUAAGGCUCUGACCCUCCCCCCUGAGCCGACCUACAGCCUUCGGUCCCUCCUCCUACACCUCUCCUGCCCCCACCCGCGGGAUGUCUUCAGUCAGGCCUCUGUCCCGGAGCGUGUGCUGGUGAUAUUCGAUGGCUUCGAGGUGGUGCGUGACUUGGAGGGGCUGCUUCAGUCUCCAGCGGAUGACAGUGAAGGGGAGAACUACAGCGUUAGACAGUUGUUCUCUGGUCUGCUCCAAAGGAAGCUGCUACCAGGCUGCUCUCUGCUCCUCUCUGCCCGACCACGAGGCACCGUCAGUGGGCUGCUGAGACGGGCUGACAGCCUCCUGGAACUCUCUGGCUUCUCCUCCGGACAUCGAGAGAUACCUGGGACAAUACUUCUCUGGACAGUCCCUAGAGGCCCCAACCUCAUCUCAGUCCCAGUCCUAGCCCUCACCAGGCUCCACAGCCAGCCGUUCCUUCUGUCUGUGUGUUGGAACCCAGCUCUGUGUCACAUGGUCUGUCUGCUUCUAGAACACUGGGAUGUUUCUGAGUCACUCCCCUCCACGCUGACUGGACUGUGUUACAGGGUGUUGCUACUAAAGAUGAGACGACACACCCUUAAACACACACUCGGUCAAACCCUACCCCAAACUCAAACCCAGGCACACACUCACACCCUUAAACACACACACGGUCAAACCCUACCCCAAACUCAAACCCAGGCACACACUCACACCCUUAAACACAGUCAAAAACACACCCUGAAACACACACACGGUCAAACCCUACCCCAAACUCAAACCCAGGCACACACUCACAGCCUUAAAUACACACACGGUCAAACCCUACCCCAAACUCAAACCCAGGCACACACUCACACCCUGAAACACACACACGGUCAAACCCUACCCCAAACUCAAACCCAGGCACACACUCACACCCUUAAACACAGUCAAAAACACGUCCUUAAACACACACGCAACUGGACACGAGCGUAUAUCCGCACUCGCUCUCACACUCAAUCCCAAAUUCAAUUAGAAGACGAGAAGAGGAGGAUAGAGACGAGAGAGGAGGAAGAGAGGGAGAGUUGGAGCGGUCUGGCUUGGCAGGGGGUUAAAGGUCAUUCAUCUCUCCUGACCCUGACUCUGGACAAUACCGUCUGUGUCAAGCUGCGGUUGUUUGGCCUGACGACUGGACUGGUCCAUUCUCACUGGCUGAGGGGGGAGCAGGGCAGAGAUGGUGACAACAUCCUGUCCUGGGCCCACCCUUUCCUGCAAAGCUUCCUGGGCGGGGCCCACCUGUCCGUCUCCAGCUGUGUGUCUGACCGCGCUCUGCUGGCCCAGAUCCUACCACAGCCCAGGGGGAGGCGACGGCCUCAGGGAGAGUGUCUGGACCUUGCUCAGCGAUUCGCUGUCGGGCUGCUUUUCCGGAACAAUGCGGACCUCCGGGAUCUGGCCACCCUGGAUACCGGCGCCAUGAAAGUGGUGGCGGCCAAGCGAGCCGCUGUGAUAUUACACCUGGAGAGCCUUCACCAUGGCGACCUGAGCCCCGCUCGGCUCCUGGAGGCGUGUCACUGCGUUUACGAGACAGGCGACGUCCGCUUGGUCAGGCACCUGGUACGGAACCUUCCCGAGGUUCUGUCGUUCCAAGGGGUUCCGCUGUGCCCCGCCGACGCCUUCGUCGUGUGGAACCUUUUGGACCAGUGUAGAACGCUGAGGAGGAGGUUCUGUCUGGGGCUGGAGGACACAGGACUGAGGAUGACAGGAUUAAAACUACUGACGGGUCUCAGCAACAUACACUCAUACAGGGCGUGUAUCGCUGACACCAUCACUCUGUGGGAGGAGCUAGAGCAGAGUGGGGAGGAGGAGCUUCUGAAAGCGACUGUGUCCAAGUUGACCCUUAACCCUUUCAGAGCCACACAGGUGUCCCACGUCCAACACCUGUCCACACUGGUCAACAUACACACAAGCAGGAGACUGUCUGAGAGCCAAUCAGAUGGUGUCCUGGGGGAGGGUCUACCGGCAGUCAGAGAUCUUCACAAGCUGGAGUUUGAGUUGGGGCCAGUGAAUGGUCCUCUGGCGCUCCCUAAACUCCUGGAGCUGCUGCCAGCCCUGCACAGUCUACAUCACCUGGAUCUGGAGAACAGUAGACUGGGGGACAGUGGGGCUGAGGGUCUGGCUGGAGCUGUGCUGUCUCUCUCCUCUCUGCAGAUUAUCAAUCUGUCCCAGAACUGUAUAGGAGACCAGGGAAUAGAGAGUCUGGCUCCUGCUCUGUCUACCAUCCCCUCGCUGCACUGUCUCAGUCUGUACAGUAAUGUGAUAUCUGACGGGGGUGCUGAGAGUCUGGCUGCUGUUUUACCUCAGAUGACAUCACUCAGUGACCUGGACGUCAAGUACAACAGUUUCACGGCCCUGGGAGCUCAGAAUCUGGCUUCCAGUCUGAGGGACUGUCCAUGGAUCAAGAGUCUGGGGAUGUGGAAUGUGUGUAUUCCCUACGGAGUGUUAGAGAGACUGCAACAACAGGACCCACGGAUACAGCUGCUCUAGAACAUUGUUCUAAUGUUCUAACAGAACCCCAGAGGAUACAGCUGCUCUAGAACAUUGUUAUGUUGUUCUAACAGAACCCCAGAGGAUACAACUGCUCUAGAACAUUGUCCUGUUGUUCUAACAGAACCCCAGAGGAUACAGUCACUCCUAGAACAGGAUUAUGAUAUACAAGUGCUCUGAAACUGUCUCCCAGCAAGGUUAGGGAUACAGACCUGUGUCCUGUGUUCCUGGACACCACUGUUCUGUUCUGUGUUCCUGGACACCUCUGUAUUGUGUUCCUGGACACCACUGUUCUGUUCUGUGUUCCUGGACACCACUGUUCUGUUCUG